AUAGGCCUAUAUGACAUUGCACUUCGCUAGGUUUGGCUGUGUAUCGGCCUAAUAUAAUUCUACUCACUGCAGAAGAAAGGCAAGAAUCGUGUGGAGUUACUUUUGACAAGUCUGUGAUUGACGAUGGCGAGUAGAAGUCAAGGACGCUCACCUCGUCGUAUCCCGGCAGGCAGUGGGCCGUAUGGAGUCGGGUGCGGAGAUAUCAUGGCUGGGCUCUCUACAUCGGGGGUGUUCUUCCGCCUAUUCUAUCCGAUGGAGAAGACUUCAGGUGGUCCCCCUAAGAAGGCGAGGCCCCCCUGGUUGCUAGGGAGCCAGUAUGCUAAGGGUUACGGGGCGGUAGCAGGCAAGAAGCUGGCUGGGGUGACCCUCAAGUGGCUGCUAUCUAAAGUCACGCUACCGGUCUGGUGGCACGGUAAACUGAGCGAGUCUAAGACCAAGUACCCAGUGAUCAUCUUCAGCCAUGGCCUGGGGGGCUGCAGGACCACCUACACCAGUAUCUGCAUGGACAUUGCCUCCCAUGGUUGUAUCGUAGCAGCGGUAGAACACAGAGACCAAUCUGCCUGUGCUUCCUUCAUCAUCAAUAACAACAACAGCAACGGGACGGCUAACGAGUUAGACCAGCAGUGGAUCACGUAUCAUAAAGCAGCAUACGAGGAGCAGGAGUUACGAACAAGACAGGUAAACCAGAGAAAGGAUGAGUGUAUAGCAGUACUAGACUACCUUCAGGAUCUUGAUGAAGGAGGUCACUUAGAAAACGAUCUGGAUCCCGAUAUGGAUCUCACAGUCUUUCAGGGUCAUCUAGACCUAAACGAUGUAGCUUUGUGCGGACAUUCGUUUGGUGGUGCUACAACUAUUGCCUGUCUAAGCAGAGACGAUCGAUUCAAAUGUGGGGUUGCAUUUGAUGCGUGGAUGUUCCCCCUGGACGAAAGUCACCUCGAUGUCAAACAACCACUCUUCUUCAUCAACACGGAGAAGUUCCAAUGGAAAGCCAACAUCACGCGCAUGCUCUCGCUUGUGCCCGAUAUACACGCAUCCUCUGGUCCACGCAGGAUGGUUACCGUACGUGGGACUGUCCACCAAAGCCAGUCUGAUUUCAGCCUCAUUGUGCCUCAAUUCCUCGCCAAGCUGACCAGUGCUAGAGGACCCCUUGACCCUUACGUUGCCAUGGCAACCAACAACUUUGCCGCCAUCCGCUUCCUGUCCAAUUACCUUGAUCUUCAGUUUGGAGAUGAGACUGAUGGCCCAGUGUCUUCCAGCGAUGAUCUCAUCAUGAUCGGUACCAACGUCUGUCUCCUCGACGUUGAAGAGAAGGAGCAGAGAAAGGAGAAUGGUGAGAGACGAGGUUCACUGAUAAGGAGAAGCUUACGGCUAAAGCGAAGGAAAUCACGUAGUCCGAAGGAGAAUGAGGAGAGAGAAAGUGAACGAAAGGAGAAGACAGAAGAACAGAGAGGGGAUUAGGAUGGAAAUGAGUGAAAAGGUAGAAAGGAGAUGAAAGAUUAUGUAAAAGUAAAAUUUGAAGAGGAGAAACGAGAGAUUGCAUGUAAGUUAGCCUUCCGAUGUUUAUUCAGGCGCUGCUUUACUACAGAUUCUUAUUUUCAUAAUUUUUGUAUCUAUUUAUAAUAAUUUGUUUAAAUUUGAUCAUGAUCAUUGUUAAGACUAAAUGUCAUAAUCACUGCGUUGUUAUAUGAUAUAGGAAUGAAUUUAUCAAAUGAAAUUGGUUACGCUUCAAAAUUGUAGUCAUUACUAUAAAUCAUGUCGAUGUCAAAUUUCAAAUACAUGUUAAAAAAAUCGAAAGUGCUCUUUUCUAAUGAACCAGUUGCUUGGCUACACAAAGGGAAAAGAAACCUUUUUUUUCUUUCUAUUAUACAGGGGGCUGGAUAUACCUCUAAAAUUCUAGAGAGCUGAAAUUCAAUUAUGCCGAUCAUAAGUGUAAUUUAUGUACAUGUAGGUAGGCAAUCAAAAAUGAAAUUUUGUGACAGAUUAUAUAUUUAUAGAUUUAUUUAUAGUAGCAGGGUAAGAUAGAGACCUGGAGGUGUUUCACAAAGCCUCUUUUCAGUGACAAAUGACAAAAAUCAGUGACAAAUCUGCUGGUAACCAAUCAGAAGCAAGGAUUUCAGUAGCUUAUAACAAAAAUUGUCAUUUGUCACUGAUGACAAGUUUUGUGAAACGCCCCCCUAGAGUGAGAGUUCAGAAGGUGAGAUACAUAUACUCAAGGAAAGGUUAACCCCCUGCAUUCGAGAACUGGAAGGUCCCAGUAUAAAACAUAGGGGAAAGUAGAGAAUUUAGUAGUCAAUUGGUUUACCAAAGGAAAUAAAUUACUAGAAAAUGCCACAGGCCACAUGGGGUCAAUAGUGACCUAUAUUUAACCCUUUGUUUUGAACUGUAUCAGGUACCAGGUAAUUAUGAGGUUCUUUGACCCUUCCAUUACAGCCUUCGUCAAAGAUUUGUAUAAUUAUAUACUUGGGUGAUUUUGUGUUUUUUUGCAUUCAGUAGACUAGAGUGAUAUGAAGUUCCUUUCCAAGUUAGAAGUAUAUUACUAAUGCUUAUAGUAAUUGGAGAUAGACAUAGGGAAUGUGAUAAUCAUCUCAUACUUAUAUUAUAUACUGAUCACAGAGUGAGAGGUAUUGCAAAAGGGAAAUGGAGUGACAGAGGGAAGGAGGAGGGGGAGAAGAAGGGAAAAGGAGGAUGAGAGGGAAAGGGGUGAACAUAAAGAGAGAGGGGGGUCAGUUCUACUAGAUCAGAAACUUAAGAGUAGGGUAUGAUUAUAGUGACUUUUUAGAACUAAUCAAGUCAUUCCACUUCCCUCCAAUUAUAUGCUUGCAUUAUUACAGUCUUAGCUUCAGAUUUAAACACUUUUUAUGCCAUAUUUUUAUACACCCUACUAAAUGAAUAGAACCCCCUAGACAGUUAAUUCUACGGUGCUUUUUUUAAAGAUCAUACAAAAUACCAAGAAAUUUCAAGCAGUGUGUUUUAUUUUUUCACUAUUUAAAUAUCUUUCUUCAAAUUUUGAUACAUGAAUGACGUAAAAAAUAUAGAACAUUUUGUAUAUUGUUCUUUGAAUCAGUGUAAGCAUUUACAUGUAGGCUUCAGAUCGAAAUGAGGCUAAUUUGUAAACUGUACUCAUUCAACCAGAAUGGAAAUGUUGUAUUUUGAGAAUUUGCUACCUGUUUGCACAGAAAAUAGAAUUGGAUAGAACCAGUUAAGCCUUGAUACAGAAAACUUUCAUUGGUUGGGGUAAUUAUAACAUGCAUAUUUAACUUCUACCAACCUUAACGUUUUAAGUGGGCAAGCUUUUGUCCACUCCUGUGGACUUUCUCAAGCCAAGUGAUUAUUUGCACAGCAACUACUGCCUUGAGAUCACUGAAGGGAGAAAGGUGACUUGAGGCCUGUCCUCAUCAGCUCGAGAUUGCCAAAUAACCCAAUAUUUCUGAUUUGGGAAAUAAGCCCAAAGUUACAAAUCGCGUCUUCAUCAGCUCGAGA